AUGGCAGUACCUGAUUGGCAACUACUCUUGUGUAAACUGGAGGCCAGAAUAUCUGAUGAUGGUUGGCAGAUGUUACUUAAUAGAACACAGCUUGGAAAAAGCGGGGUGAGUUUUUGGCUUUAUUUUAUUGAUUAUCAAAAUAACUGAUAAAUUUAAUGAAAUAUACCAAUUGCUCUUUUCUCCGCCCACCCCCACCUCGUUUUCAGUCCAUUUUAAUAUGUUCCUGAUCUCAAAUUUUGAGACAGUUUAUAGUUUAAAGCAAUUUUCUGUAAAUUAUUUGAAUUUUUCUCGCCCAGCAGUGCAAAAUAUUGCAGACCUGUUAAGUGCUGUGUUAAAUUGACUGGGGACAGUUUAACUGCAGCAAGCACUUUUUUUCAUCCUUUUUGCUGACGGUAUUGGGUGGAAAAAAGUCCUUUGUAUUCAAUAUGGUUCAUUUGUGGUCUCAUUUGAAGUCUCAGUGUAGACAUGUAACAUUUUAAAUGACUACAGUAAAUCUAAAAUUUGAUUGUUGUUACAUCCAACGACAGAGCUUUUCAGUGUUUUACAUGUUACAUUUUGAGGUCUUUUAAGUAUUAAGCUUACAGUUACCUGUAAUUAUUGCUGCGCAAGAUGUUGCUGAGAUUAUAAAUGUUGACUGUGUAUACAAGAACAUCUUGUGUCUAGUGUAUUGCUUUCAUGUUCAAUUAUUUAUUAAUUUUAUUUAUUUAUCUUUUUAGAACUCAUCAGACACUCAAAUCUUGCUGUCAAAGAACAGCAUCAAGACUCUACGGAACAUGGUGUUCAGCAAAGUGGAGCAUCUUCUUGAUGUUCAAAGAUUUUCAGAUCCAGAUAUUCCGGGAUACCAAGUUUCCCUGCCCUUGGUAAUGACUUGGCAGUUGCGGGAACUGAGAUUGCAUGGCAAGGCUAAGCAAAACUUUAUUCAGAUGAAUCUCAGACUGGAUGGUAGACCAUUUGCUGGUAAUUUUUACUUUGCUUAAUUUUUCAAGGCACUAGCUCCUAUCCCACCUUUGUUACACAUGUAACUUGUGAACGAAACAGAAGUAACAUUUUUUUUAUUGUUAGUAUAUUGAUGCUGUUUUAUUGCGAAUCGAACUUGCUGCUAUUAUACUCUUGAAAAAUAGAGAUGUUACCAGCUCUUUUUUCAAGGAAAUGUUCCUUUCCUGUAUAUGUGGUGUAUUUUUGCUAUGUUGGUUCAUGCUUAUACCCUUUUUUCAGUCUUGAAAAUGAAGGGAAAAUAAAGCCACUAAAUGGAAAAGGAACCCUUUUUUGAUUGGUUACAGUCCUCAUGGAUCUAUGUUUAACCACUGUUUUAUUCAUGAUUUUUUUGUUAUUUGUAUGAUCAAUAUAGGAAGAAGCCAAGUCCUUAUUGGUGUAACUCCUUUGGAGACAUCAUACCUUUCAAACCAAAGUUGUAAAGCAGUUUGCCCUUUAGCUAUUGCUAAUUGCAAAGAAGACAGGUACAUAGUUUAAUAAAGACUUUUUUGCAUAAGGCAAUGUUACAAAAUCGUUUUCUCUAGGCAGCAAUAUGUGUAAUUGUAGCAGAGUACGGUAUGUUUCUUGUGCCUCACUCAUCACCAUAUAAGGAGGUACGUAGAUCAAUAACUGCUUGUUGGUGACAAAAAACACGUAACAUUGACUUUUUACAUGAUUCAUUAAAUGUGCCAUUUAUUUAAUUAUAUUUUUUGUUCAUGAUUAAUCGCUGCUACAUGUACAAUGACAAUCACGUAACUACAUUUAAACAACAAAGAUCAAAAGUGAGUUAUGUUCUGAGUCAAUGAAAGUGUCCACGUCUUGGUUCUUUCGCUAUUACAGACGCAUUAGUAACUUUUAUCGUCUAUACAAAAUGUUAUAUCUCGCUUAUACCAAAAUUAUGCCUGUCAUUUUCAGGGAGAGUUUGAAGAAGCUGAUUGUUAAAAUAAACAAGGAGAAAGAUGAACUUAAGAGGAAUGGAAUAAUGGUAGAUGGAGUGCUGUACACUGUCAAGUUCAAAGGUGUAAUAUUAUUACAUAAUUGACAUUUGCCAUAAAACAGAGGGUAAUGCAUUGGAAGUAUUUCAAUUGAAUAAAGUAGGCCACUAGAGUACAGAUUCUAGACAGAAUUCUAUUGGGUACACUAUAUUGUUAAAAGAAAGUAAUAACUUGAAAGAAAAAAAGCUGUUAUUUUCAAAUACAUCAUUGCUCGGUGAUUUGGCCUCAUCAUAAAAUUCACGAAAAAAUAUGUGGGGUAUAUACUUUUUAUUAUUUUUGGUCUAUUACUGUCAUGGGUAUGCAAUCUGUGGCAAAUUUGGCACGAGCACCUGGUGCUAUUUCAAGUGUUUAUGGUAGCAAUUCCGUGACCAAGUUGUUUUACUUAUAACUCUUAAAAUAGUGAGUGAUAUGCCAAUGUUAUUUUUGUAAAAUGUUAUCCUUUUCAGUUUGUGUACAUUACAUGAUAAAUGUAUCUUACCUGAAUUAUUCUGUGAUAAAUGUAUCUUAAACAUUUUAGCAGCAAAGUUCAUGAUUUCAUGUUGUAUUUCCUGUAGUUAUACUUGAUUUGAAGGCACUCUAUCUUUUGCUGGAACAAAUUGGCCAUAAUGGUGGAAGCUUUCAGCUAGGAAAGAGAGGAAUUGAAGUGGAAUUUUGCUUCAUUUGCAAAGCAUUGAGGGUAUGUCUUGCUUGUUUACUGACAAUUACUUUUGUGGGUUGCAUUAAGUGGGUGGGGGUGGGGGGUGAGAGAAUGAGUUUAAGGAUAAGUUGAAAAAAUAAAUUGCUUAUGUAUAUAAAUUACGUUUGUUCAGUUUAAAAUGGAAGUCAAACAGACAUGGCUUUUUAAAUAAUUGCUUGUUUUAUACAAAGUUCAUUAAGUAUUGCAUACUAGAUAUAAAAUCAAAAGAAAAAUGUUUCCAUAACAAGAGUACUUUAUGAUAUAACAGUGCCAUGUAUAAAACAGUUACUAGUUGAGGUCAAUCUGUUUUAAUUUUCUGUUUUGUGAUUAUAAUUACUUUUUGAUUAGUUAAUUUAUUUAUAUAUUUCUCAAAUAUACCCUUGUUAUUCUUUUAGGGUUGUAACUUUGGGCUUGGUCCCUAUGCUGUUUGCUUAGAGCAUUUCAGUGCCACCAAAGCAAAUAUUGGAGGGUAAGCUAAAGUUCUAAAGUUGUGCAUCUCUAACUUAUAUUUAUUGGAGCUUCAAGGUUUCUCAGCUGUACUAAAAUUUUUAUAAUUGUGUGAACAUAAAAUGCAGUUUCUGCUUUAUGCAUAAAUCAAGCCUUUGGUAGCUUUUUUCUUUAAGGUUUACAUCUAAAUGUGCUCUGUAGUGAAGUGAUAAAUGUAAUGUUAUUUUGUUAUGUUGACAAUUAAGACAGUUGGGUUCUCAAUUAUUUAGUUUCACAGGUGUUCGAGAUGACCUAGAGUUUCUGUUAGAGGAAGACUUGACGUCCAUCAAUGUAUGUGCCCUUCAUGGUGAACUCAGGAAUAUGGAGCAACUUUUGGCAACUUUGGGUCUUUUUGCCCACAAAAUCAACUCCCUGCAGGAAUGUAAUGACGAAUUGUCAAAGUAUGGCCCAGAAAAUUUCUGCAACAGAAUUACUGUGAAAAUGAAAGAGGGGCAAGAGACUGCCGUUGAAAGACACAAUAUCCAAGUGACGUCAUUUUCAGGUAAUUAGACAAGUAUUGUGAUAGCAGCUUACAUGACAGUACUUGUAACAUGAUCUUUCCCAAAUUAUAAUAAUUUUUUUUGGGGGGUGGGGGGGGGGGUAUAUUUUUUAGUAUUGUCAUUGUUUAUAUGUUGCAACAGACACCUAAAAAAUCAGGUUAUUUAAUAAGACAAAAAGGCAAAUGUCAGUCAAUUAAGUAAAACCCCAUUGCUCCAGUUGGCCAUUAUACUUCUGUAAAUAGAGGAAGCUUAGAAAGUGACGUGUUUAUAUUAAUUGGUUGUCUGCAUUAAGCAGGUUAAAAGUAAAGGAAGUAUAAGGGCUUUCUUUCCCCAGAGACAAACCAAACUGUCCUUAAUAAUCAGGGGGCAGUAUUAGCAGGUGUCCGUAAAGCAGGAUUUGACUGUACAAGCAACUUAAUAUUAAUUUGUUUGUUAAACUAUUUGUUAAACACAUAAAUGAAAAUGGAAUUCAGUUGUAAGGAACAAUAGGGAUUUUAUUGUUAAUCUUUUUUUGAUAGUCUUGUCUAUAAUUUAUCUCAUUUUACAAAGGAGACACUGAGCGUGAGUUCCUAUCCAAUAUAGAAACAAUUGUGAGGAAUUCUCUUCCCCAUGAAAAGCUUAAGAUGUACUAUGCUGAUCGUGAAUGUGCAAAGGCGGCACUGUUACAUAAGGUGACAUUCUGCAAUGAAAGAAUUCAGGUUAGUAUUAUAAUAUUAAUAGAAUAGUUACAUUAACACUACUCUUUUUUGAUGUGUAUAGUUAAUUACGACCAAGAUAAUCAAUCACUUGAACUUUAUGCCUGCAUGGAUUUCACAUCCUACCAAGCAAAAGUUGAUCAGGAGCGUUGUACUCUGAAUGUCCAAGAUAAUUUGUAUCUGCCCAAGCUAGAGCCUUUUUUAGAGAGUAAUCAAGAUGAAGGAACUGUAUGUAGUAAAAUAUAACACUCUAAAUACCUGAGUGGCAUUGUGCCAGUAUUCACAAUGGCACUCUACUGAUAAUAACAUUCUUAUACAUAUUUUUCUUCCCACAACAGUACUUCAAAGACUUCCUUGCUUCUGAUACAAUUACUAGAGAUUUUGGUUCAAAAUUGGAGAAAAUUUCUUUGACAGGAUCAGGUAACAGACUAAACAGCAAUAAUGAUCAUAACUAGACCAGUUUUAAAAUAUUUCCGUAAUUUCCUCUUCACACAUCCUAGAACGUAAACCGUGAUAUUAUUUUCAUUUUUUUAUGCUUGUUGAUACAUUUGUCUGUUGGUUCUAAAUGUAAAUAGCAGAAGUUGGAAAAGAAAUUGAACAGAGGUUGAAAUUCUGGCAGAACCGAUCACAAGAGAUUGAAGAGAAGUACAUCAAGCUGUUAGAAAGCGAACCCUCAAGUCAAUCCAUGGCUAAAGCCAUACGAGGAAGGAAAAAAAAGCAGAAGGUUUGCAACAAUGACGGUGAUUCACAGUUAUCGGAUUAUGCUGCAGAGGUUGUAUUUGACUUUUUCUUAAAGGUGAGUGUUUUUUUAUGUUCAGUAAAAAUAUUCUGUAAGAAAAGAGUUUGCAAUUGUCAAUGGCUAUAAAGCUGCUAUUAGGUAUCUUCAUGUAAGCUGUAGCUAUAUGGCAUCUACUGAGUUUGCAGCCAUGCAUGGAUACAUCUUCUCACUCACUGUCAUUAAAGUCCCAUUUAUGGUCUGUGACCCAUUCAGUAGUCUAAGUUAUUAGAUAAAACUCCUCUAUCUUUUAAGAGCUUCCCCUGCUUAGACACCUGUAAGGAUAUAAUUAACAUAUGCCCCUGGCAUCUUAAAAUAUAUCAUUUAUGUAAGUGCCUGUCAAACCCUUUUUCUUUAUUUUGCUAGGUUUACACCGACUGGAAAGAUAUUGCAGAGACGAUGCGCAGUACUGUAUUCAAAGAAGAUGAGCAGCACUUAAUUGAUGCAUAUGGCGUGCAGGUAUCCUAAUUUUCCAGCUUAAAUAGAAAAGGAAAUGAAAGUUUAACAGUCAUGUACUUGCGGCAUUGUCAAGUUCUCAUAACAUGGCCCAGUGGGUAUUACAUGCACAGAACAAUUUUUAUCAUCCUAUAUUUCAGAAUUUAGCUCAGACACAAUCACAGUAGAGACUUCUGUGAUGCUGCCUGAAAAGUCCAUACCGAUGAUGUGAAUCAAUGAUCAUAUUGAAUUAUUAAUCUGGUAGUCAUGGACUUCCAGAAGUAACAUUUUUUGACUUAAUGUUUUUCCUGUUCUGUUAUAUCAUUCAUCAAUUUUGGUCUUGACCUGUUAUUGGAACUAAAAGUGGCAGAGAAGAUUAUAUUCAAUGAAUAUAACAACUAAUUGAAAAUUUGGGACUUUUGUUUUUGUCUGACUUUCGUAAAAAAAUAUAUAUAUAUAUAAUAAGUCAUAUCAACUCAUGCUAAUUUAAUAUUUGUUCAGGUAGAUUGUUCUUUGUAUUGAGUAUAUUGCUCAGAACAAUCUUUCAAUAAUAUUACUUUCUUUCCUCAUCAAGUGCAAAGAAUGGGGAUUCCUUCUAAUAGUGGGGCAGAUAUGUGCAGAUUUGGGGCCGAAUUGUUCACUUUCUGUUAAAAGCACCAAAUUUUCAGGAAAUAUAGGAAAAAACAUGGGGAUUAAUAUGUGAUAUGGUGCCAUCGCAAUUUUUCCUGUUAAACCGGUUUUUUGGACCGAUUUCUUAUAUGGCCGCCAUUUUGACCGGAAGUAGUGAAGCAACUAACCGGAAGUACAUGAAAAAGCGGAUAUUUAGACAAAAAUGAUGAUGAAAUAGUUUAAACUGUGUUUUUCCCGAUGUUUUUAUUUGUAUAAAAUAUUCAAAUGUGUAUAAAUAUUGUUUUUUAAGGGGAAAAACAGGAGUAAAAGCAAUAUUAACUGAAAGUUUAAAGAGCAAUUCUUUAUACAGAAUGUAAUAAUAUCACAAUUCAUAUUUUUUGAAAACAAUGAAGGAAUAGAUAUAUAAAAAGUGAAUACCAUCCGGAAUCCCAUUUACCAUAUUUCCUUUGCCACGAUUCCUAAUAGUAACCACAAUGCUUUGCGUCGAAACUAAUUUGCAUAUCAGCUCCGCCAUUUUGUUUCAUCUAAGUGGAUAUCUCGUUGUGCUUGUACUAAUUCGAAUAAAUCGCUUUUGCCGUAACAUCUGAUAAUUUGACAAUUAUACAAAAUAAGUUACCUUUAUCAAAGUUCGGAAAAAACAAACGAAAAGUGAAGUAAACGCCGACCUAGCUCCUCUAGGUGAGCUGUAAGUAUCAGGCAUCAAGAACAGCUAGAUCGAUGCUUCAUUCCAGGAGUGGGGAAGUGGCAAUUAGAUGAUAAAUUUAUGUUCCAAAGACAACAGAGGAAAGGUUAAACUGAAGCUAGAGGAUUCUUGCUGAACAACUUGAGCGUUCCCUGUUGCACGGAGUCAUGGAAUAGAAGCCCUUAUCAACUGUAAGUAUUGAGAACAAUUAGAGUACGUUUACACUGGAGUACGUUUUCCGUAUUCAUGCGUCCCCAUAUCACAGUUCUUAUGUAUUUAACGUAUGUUUAGCGCAUCAGUUACCGUAAUCCAAAAAUAUUCAAUUCAGAAUUGGAUACGUGUUACCUUUUUUUCAUAACGAAUACACCACCAAACCAGGGACUUUAGCAUUAAAGUUCCAGAUUUGUAAGGAAUGUUAAAUCAGACUUACUACAGAUGAACUUUUAACUCUUUAGAUACAAGUACUUUUAAAGUGGCGAAACGAUUAGUUUUAUCUAAUUUAAAUAACUUUAUUUUGUUUCAAACAGCCUCAUGGAUGACUGCAAUCGUAAUGUGACCGAUUGGGAGCUCUGCGUUAUCUGCCAAGAAUCAAACAAGGAAGGACUUCAGUGCCCCGCGGACUCAAGGCGAGCAGAUAAAGGUGCAGGCUAUAAACCACUUGCAGACAAUUUGAAACAGUUUGCUGAUCUGGGUUACAUGCCCAAGGACGUAGAUUUAUCGCGACUAGAUGAAGGCGACGGCAUUGCGGCUGCAUUCUUCAAACAUAGGGCCCGCUAUCACAAAAGUUGCUAUGCUCUUUUUAACUCGACAAAACUGAAACGAGCCCAAAAAAGAAACUCUGAAGCCCCAGACGAGCCGCCAGCUGGCGGAAAGUUUACUCGCUCAAAUGCAUUGGCAUACACAAAGGACACUAGUCCAUCUUGUUUUUUAUGCGAAUCUGAUAAACAACCACUUCAUAGGGUUUCGACCCUUAGUCUCGAUGCUAGAGUUCGGGAAUGCGCAAAUGUACUGAAUGACGAAAAGUUGUUAGCUAAGCUUGGUGGCGAGGAUUUGAUCGCUCUUGAGGCGAGCUACCACGCCUCUUGUCUAUCUAUGCUGUACAGGAGUACAGAAUAUGCAAAAAGAGAUGCCGUGCGAGGAGAUGAAAAGCCACAUCGUCUAGAAGGUAUUGCCUUGGCGGAUCUCGUGACGUUUAUAGAGGAGUCGCGCACGAAUAGCGGGGGAGAGCUACCUACAUUUAAGCUAGCAGACCUAGCGAAGAUGUAUACCAAUCGCCUGCAGCAGCUAGGGAUGGAGAACACCGCAAGACCAAACAGUUCACGCCUUAAAGAACGUAUAAUUGCUCAGGUUCCUGAUCUCCAACCUUACAAUAAGGGACGCGAUGUAUAUUUGGCAUUUGGAGAGGACGUUGGGAAUGCACUUCACAAGGUCCAUAAAGAAGAUUCUGAUGAUGAGGCCAUACACCUUGCGAAGGCAGCUGCGAUUGUCCGUAAAGACAUACUUACAAAUAAGUAUUCAUUUAAUGGGUCCUUCGAACGAGACUGUCAACUGCGUUCUAUCCCAGCAUCCUUGUUAUCCUUUGUUAACAUGAUCCUGUAUGGUCCAAAUAUCAACGCUGAAGAGGGUAGUUUUUCAAAAGGGCAGGCUGCUCUUACCAUCGCACAGCUAGUACAGUACAAUACUUAUCUCCGUCGCCGUGAAGGAGAUGUUAAGAAGGAAAGGCGAAAUAAAUCUCGAGAGUCUCCGGUUCCAAUCUAUGUUGGAGUAUCUGUACAUGCCAAGACACGCUGCCGUGACCUCGUAGAAAUCUUACAUAAACUUGGAAUCUCUAUUUCAUAUGACAGGGUAUUGAGCAUCUCCACGGAUCUUGGAAAUGAAGUGUGUCGACGCUACUGGCAAGAAGGUGCAGUGUGUCCGUCUAAUCUUCGUCUGGGUCUCUUUACAACAGCUGCCGUGGACAAUAUUGAUCAUAAUCCGAGCUCAACAACAUCAAAAGAUUCCUUCCACGGCACAGGCAUUUCUUUGUUCCAGCAUCCAUCGGCAGUUACGCCUGGUACUGAACAAGCGCCGAUAAAUAUCGCAACAAAUGCUGAUAGCGAGAAAUCGAUAAAAGAACUGCCAGCGUCAUACACAGAAGUCAUUCCGGUACAAGAAACUACAAGUAAAGCCCAGCCUCCAGCCAACGUAUCAGAGAUGAAGUCGGAUGAAAGCUCAUUUAAUCGCGGCUUUGAAGAUGAAUCCACAUGGUUAGAGAAGGCUAGCACUAUUGUGGUUAACCAAGAAAGUUUGGAAGAGAAAACCCAAGUCUCUUGGGCUGCAUUUCACUCUCACCAACCGUACUGUGUGCCUCCUUCGUCGGUUGCUGUUUCUGCUCUGUUGCCACUUUUUCCUGAUCAGGCAAAAUCGGUUGCAAUGAUAAGACAUGCCAUGAACGUGAUAAAACUGUCCGUAGAUCAUCUGAAUCCAGGUCAAGUCCCAGUCAUUGCCGUAGAUCAGCCAUUAUAUGCUGUAGCGAAAGAAAUCCAGUGGAGAUGGGCUAGUCAUUACGGCGAGGAUAAAUUCGUUGUAGUAUUCGGUGGACUCCACAUCGAGAUGGCGUUUCUGAAGGUGCUAGGAGAUUGGCUUGAGGGAAGUGGGUGGACAGUGGUCCUUUCAGAUGCAAACGUUGCUACGCCAGGAACUGCUAAUUCGUUUCUCAAGGCCACAAAUGUAACGCGCACUCGAAGGGCUCAUCAGGUGACAGCAUGCUCCUUAUUUAUUCUUCUAAAGAGAGCGUAUCAGAGGUAAAUAUAUCAUUUCAAUGGUAAAACUGGUGGGAAAAUCUUAAUGUUUUUAGUUAUAGCUGAGCUGCACAUUGCUGCUUUAACUAGCUUUACAAACACUUCACUCAAAUCUCAACAAGGUUAAGGAUCUUAACUUUCGGGGACGUAAUCCAGCUGGCUAAAGGUAGAGCGUGGAACAACUGCAUUCUGUCCUCGAGACUCUACAAAAGAAGCACCGAAAACAGCCAACAGAUAUAUUAGUUAAUAUCGAGUUUUGAUGUGAGCGCGAUAAGCAACCCCCUUGCGGCUCUGUAUAAAACUUCUUACAUGCAUGGCUGAUGGAAAUAAAAAGGGGUGGAUUUUUUUAUCCCUGUAUUGCCGUUUAAGGCUUUAAAAUAAGGAUAAUUAUGUUAUCAAUGGAUUGUUACAUCGUAAAACUUAUUGGUAAAAUGUUUCACUUGUGAUAGGUACGUAGAUGGAAUGGGUAAUGGUGCCCUUUCCUUUGACGAGUGGUGUAACCAUCAGAGACGUAAAGUACCCCAGUUUCAGUACUGGCAUACAGCCCUUCAACUGGAGCUUCUUCUCCUUGUUUUUCUAAAGUCGCUCCGCCUUGCUGACUUUGGCAUGUACGUAGAUGCAGUUUACAAGAUGCUUCCGUGGUUCUUUGCUUUAAACCAUACCAACUAUGCCCGUUGGCUCCUAUACAUGUACGCGAUAUGCGCGAACUCGACAGUAAGGCACCAGCAGUAGCAGAGGCAUUCAAGCAGGGUUUGUUCACCGUCACAAAAACCCGUCGAAGAUUUUCUUGUAUAGCUAUUGAUCAGGCCCACGAGCAGAACAAUGCUAUGGUCAAGGAUGACGGAGGGGCUGUGGGUCUGACAGAGAAUGCCAGCGCACUUCGCAGGUGGAUGCUAUCCGGUCCUGAGAUGGCACGGCUAGUCAACGAGUUCGAGGCAUGCAUGGCACCUGAAGUUAGACCUGGAACAAACAACCAUCAUGAAGCUGAGAGGGGUUAUCAAGCAGCGUACCACAAAGAUGUCAGGUCACUCGUGGAUGUACUUGACGACCUUGGGAACCCUUUUGAAGAAGAGGGCAAAGACCUGAUCGUGUUAGAUACAAAGGUGGUGGCAGACGAAGGAGGGGUAUCAAGAAUGCAGCAAAUAGAGGAUCUUGGCGUAAAGCAGUGUGACACGUUCAUUUCAGAGCGCCUAAUACAGCGGACGAAGCCUCUCGAUGACCCUAUUAGUAGAAACAAGCUCUCCUUCUUUGAAACUCCUUCCAAGAAGAAAAUUUCAAAGGCUCAACAGCAGCUUUCCUCUAUGAAAAGCGACUGUUCUCUUUUUUCACGACUGUUUAUUGCAUGCCAGAGCAGAAAUGGUAACUUGGAUGAAUUUUUUAAACAUGAAAAUCAAGCAUGCCCCCCAUCGAUAUCUGAUCAAGGAAAUUUGCGCCUCCCUCGACAAAAGUCUGAGUUAGCCUCUUGUCUUCAAGCUCUAACUACUCCCAAGAAUGCAGCCCCAGCCAAUUGUGAAGUCAUUAUUAUGGACGGAGCAGCACUGGUAAACAUGCUUAAGCCCACGGGGAAAGAGAAAACAUUUUCCGAAUAUGCCUCAAAUAAGUUUAUUCCUUAUGUCACCGCUCAGCUUCAACAUGUGAAACGCAUUGAUAUUGUCUGGGACGAAUACGUGGAGAACAGCUUGAAAGCAACAACUCGGAGCAAACGUGGAUCAGGAGUACGACAACUAGUCGCAGCUAAUAAUAAGCUUCCAAGAAACUGGAAAGAAUUCCUUCGUGAAGAUCGGAACAAGCAGGAGCUCUUUAGAUUCCUUGCGCAAUGCGCUACUUCUGUUCACUCGGGUCAGAGACAGAUCAUCUCUACGUAUGCAAGAGGCGUACUGACGAGCCUUCCACGAGAUGACACCUCCAGCCUGGCACCAUCCUCACAUGAAGAAGCCGACACAAGAAUGUUUAUCCAUGCUGCUGAUGCUAUCCAAUCCGGCUUCACCAAGAUCAUUGUUCGUAGUGUUGAUACUGAUGUCUUAGUACUGGCCGUGGCUCUGGUACAGAAGUUACAGGCGCUUGCUUCAGAGAGCAUCCAACUCUGGGUGGCAUUUGGUACUGGGGAACAUCUUCGCUACCUUGCAGCCCACGAGAUUGCCAACAAAUUUAAUAACACCGCUGCACUUGCCCUACCUGCAUUCCACGCAUUCACGGGAUGCGAUACGGUGUCUUGUUUCUAUGGGAAAAGCAAGAAGACUGCGCUGGACACCUGGAAGAGUUUUCCAGAAGUCACCCCUGUGUUUAUCGCCUUGUCCAGAGCUCAAACAGAAAUAGCCGAAGAGUGGAUGUCAACCCUUGAACGCUUCGUUGUCUUACUUUAUGAUAGAACAAGCAGUUCUUCAUCUGUAAACGAAGCCAGAAAGCAGUUGUUUACCCGUAAGGCUCGAAAUUUCGACGCCCUUCCUCCGACGCGAGAUUCAUUACUAGAACAUGUCAAGCGUACUGCAUACCAGGCUGGCCACAUCUGGGGACAAGCCCUCGUGCCAAACCCACCUAUUCCUAGCCCACAAGAUUGGGGAUGGAUAUUGGAAAGUGGCGAGUGGCGGCCUUUCUGGACAACACUGUCAGAAAUAACAAAGUCAUGCCAAGAGCUAGUAAAGUGCGGCUGUAAGAAGGGUUGUAGAGGAGGCUGUGGUUGUCAGAAGGUUAGCCUAAGAUGUACAGCUAUGUGCAAGUGUGCUGAAGAGUGCGAAAACCGUUGAAGCCAACAAUCUAAGACUCUUUUGCGAUUAUAAACGCUGGUCUCCGAACGAAGGGUAGAGUAAAUUUUGUAAGUAGUCAAUGAGACAUUACAUACCUGUUAUUCUUAGUAUUCGUAUACAGCAUUAUAGUCCAAGAAGAUUGAAGUUUAGAAAUGAAUCUGGACCAGAGAAACAGUAAAUUAUGUGUAUACUGUCAGAGUGAAGAUAAAAUUAAAGAACACCAGCUAGCAAAAAUGAAGUUUGGACCCAUUUCUUCAAUAGUUUUGACUAUGGUAUUUUUACUUCCGGUCUACUCGCGUUCAUUUUAAAUUUCUAUCUUUUAAACUGUAAUUUAUCAUUUUUGUACAAAUUUAGCUAAUAUAGUGUCUUUUUAUGUGAAAAUACAGUUACCUUGUGCAUUUCCGGUCAUUUUUUGGCCAAGUUGUUAAUAUACAGACAUUUUCUAGAAAGUGUCAUUUUUACUUCCGGUUCAAAAUGGCCGCCGUUUUUAAACUCCCCUUUAAAUGACCCUUAACGGUGGUUUUGGCGAUGGCACCAUAUCCUAUCUUUUUAAGCGCCUUGAAAACUGUCAUCAUGCCAAUUUUCGUGCUUUUAACAGAAAGUGAACAAUUCAAGCACAUAUCUGCGCUACUAUAAGGGAAAUGUUUGGGUGGCAACUUGGCACUGGUGACUAUGGCCACAUCACCAUAGAACAUUCGAGUAUGCUUCUCAGGAACUUCCUGAGCCUGAGGGAAUACUCAAAUCAAGGAUUUGAGGCUACACACUCGUUGCAGCGGCUAAUCUACUCUAAAGCCACCAAUCAUGACAGAUGGUCAUGCUACAUCAAGUUAGUUAACUUUCAUUUUCGAUGUCUUGGGUGAGUUGAAUUACGCUUGUACGUGAGCAGUUAUAAUCAGUAACACUUUCCUUCUGCUUUAGUUCGACAGAUGCUCCUCCAUUUUUAUUCAGAGAAAUUCCUUUUCAUUAG